AUGGAGCCCGGGGAGCGCAAGGAGGCCGGGGGCUCCGCGACGGCGGAGGAGGCGGUCGGUCCCGUUUUCACGCUGGAGGAGGUGGGGAAGCGAAACUCUAGCCGUGAGGCAUGGCUGGUUAUUCACGGGCGUGUCUACGAUGUCACCCGCUUCCUGGAAGAGCAUCCAGGUGGAGAAGAGGUUUUGCUGGAACAAGCUGGUAGAGAUGCCACAGAGAGCUUUGAAGAUGUUGGGCAUUCCACAGAUGCCCGGGAAAUGCUGAAGCAGUACUACAUAGGGGAGGUCCACCCGCAUGAUCGUGAAAAAAAAGGUUCUAAGAACCCAAGUAUGACAUCCUCAGGCCAAGCAAGUUUCUGGUCAACAUGGCUAAUCCCCAUCUUCGGAGCCCUGGUCAUAGGUUUAAUGUAUCGCUACUACAUGCUGGAUGGGAGAACCUCCUGAACUGACCUACUGGGACCUCAGACAGCCUUGAAAGAGGGUGUGAGAGAGCGCGUGCAUGCAACACGCAGAGCUCUGCUUCCCUUAACCUUUUCUGCCUUGCUUAUGGCUUUGAGUUUGUCAAGUGAUCUUGAUAAACAUGGGACCAAGCUAACCUCAAAUGCUUUCUAUGCUAACUUGGGGACCCACGAACUUGUCAUGCUCUCUUCUGGUGAUGGCAGGGCAAGGGCAGCUUCGUGGUGUUCCCUUACCCUUGUG